UUGUUCAUAUCUGCAGUUAAAUUCGGUGUCUGUGUGGUUUUUGGGGAUUAGUCUAGGAAGUGAAGUGGAGUGAAGUGAGCACAGGGUCCAGCAGCAGCAGGGAGUCACAUCUUGGAGUCCCGGAGCGCAAAUAAAGAGCGCGCGGCAGCCGCACCGCAGUCAAACUAACAGCUGUCACGGUGACAGACUGACAGGACGCCUCACUCACAAGCUUAUCGGAUUCACACACAAGCCAUUUCUGCUUAUUUAUGUGCAUAUUUUGCAAUGAUGUUACUGAGUCAUUUACAAUUGACACUUAUUUCCCGGUGCAGUUUGUCCGCUUCGGCAGUAUUUCUAACACUCCUCUUAUUAGACGCGCUGGAAGCGAGGGAGCUGCCCAGCUGCAAGGAGUCAGAUUACCACUUUGAGUACACAGACUGUGAUGUUCUGGGGUCCAGAUGGAGAGUGGCAAUACCCAACAAGCCUGACACAUGCACAGGCUUUCCUGACCCGGUUAAAGGAACGCACUGCACAUUUUCCUGUAAGGAAGGUGAAUACCUGGACAUGAAGACACAGGAGUGUCAGAAGUGUGCAGCAGGGACCUACUCCCUUGGUACAGGAGUGGCCUUUGAUGAGUGGGACACCUUACCUGCUGGCUUUAUCAGCCAUGGCAUCAAUAUGGAUAUAGGAAACCUCUACACUAACUGCAAAAAUUCUACUUGGACUCCUAAAGGGGACCACAUAUCCUCUAACACAGACGAGUGCAGCUCCACACUGUCAUAUGCUGUAAAUCUCAAACAACCUGGCUCAGUUACUUUCCAGUACAUAUAUCCUGAUAAUAGCAUCUUCUUUGAAUUCUAUGUUCAGAAUGACCAGUGCCAGUCUACUGAUUCUCAGAGUAGAUGGAUGAAGGUUUCUGAGAAUGACUGGGAGUAUCACUUUGUCAAAUUGAAUAAGGGGAACAAUGUUCUAUACUGGAGAACAACUGGGUUCUCUCUAUCUGGCAGGGCUGUUAAACCAGUUCUGCUGAAGGACAUCAUUAUCUCAGGGGUUGCGUACACAUCCGAAUGUUUCCACUGUAAGCCUGGCACAUACAGUGCUAAACCUGGGGCUGCCCACUGCACCCCCUGUCCAGUUAACACCUACUCCAAUAAGGGUGCUUUAGCAUGCCAGCAGUGUGACGAAGAUAAAUAUUCAGGGAUUGGGUCAGGAACAUGUCAGAAGAGGACACCCUGCAAAUCUACUGAUUACUUUUACACUCACACUCCUUGUGAUUCCAAAGGACAGACACAGUUGAUGUAUAAAUGGAUUGAACCAAAGAUCUGCAUAGAGAAUGUAGAGGGAGCGGUGAAACUUCCAGCCUCAGGGGAGUUGCAGACCUGUCCUCCAUGUAAUCCUGGAUUCUUCACUGACAAUUCUUCUGUUUGCCAACCUUGUCCACAAGGCUCCUAUUCCAAUGGAACAGCAUGUUCGAAGUGUCCUGUUGGAACCGAGCCAGUGGUGGGGUUUGAGUAUAAGUGGUGGAACCGGAUGCCCAGCAACAUGAACAGUUCAGUCUACAGACGAGAGUUUAGUGGCACUCAGAGGAGCACAGGAUGGGAAGUAGCUGGUGAGUACAUUUACACCACACCUGGAGAUUUGGAUUCAGACUUCAUGCUGCUAACACUCACUGUCCCUGGUUAUAGAUUGCCCAACUCCAUGCAUAAAGAUAGUGAGAGUGCAGAACUUUCUAGAAUCACAUUUGUCUUUGAGACCAAGUGCACAGCUGACUGUGCCCUUCACUUCAUGACUGGUUUGAAUGAAUGGAACAGUCGUGUGGUGGAGACCUGGAAAGGCACCACUGGGAAACAGUCUUAUUCUUACCUUAUUAAGAGCAAUCUGACUGUGGGCUUUACCUGGAGCUUUCAACGCUCAGAGGCUAACCAUGUGGAGAGGCAGUACAGCUCAGACUUUGCUAAGAUCUACUCUAUUCACAUUACUAAUGUGAUUGGUGGAGUGGCCUCUCAGUGUCGACAAUGUGCACUACACUCCUCUGAGAAAGACUGCGUCCCCUGUCCUCCGGGACACUACAUGUUAAAAGGCACUGGAGUAUGCAAGAGUUGUCCACCAAACACCAUUAUAAGGCCUGAGCAGCCUCUGGGAGUCGAAGCCUGCAUCCCAUGUGGACCAAAUACCAAAAGCAAUGAUGCCCGUUCAGCCUGCGUGAGUGACUGUACUUUGGCUAUGCAGUAUAAAAAAGAAACUCUGCACUAUGAUUUCUCUCCACUGGCCAAUAUCACUCACUUUCAGAGCAGCCCUCGCUUCACCAGCAAAGGCCUUCGUUAUGUGCAUCAUUUUAGUGUGGGUCUGUGUGGCACAAAGGGCCGUGUUUUGGCUUCCUGUGUGGAUAAUGUAACCGAGAGCAGGAAGGAGGUAAAUGGUUAUAUCUGCCAGUCAAUCAUAGUGCCUACUGAAGUCAGAGGUCAGAGUGUGGUGUCUUCACAACCCUUUAUUAUUGGAAGCACAUUGAUUGGGAUAACCACUGACUCCACACUUGAUCACAUUACAUCAUCUGAGAGUACCUUUCCUUCAAGAUCUGAUCUGCCUGAUAUAAUAUUUUACUAUCGGGCACAUGAAACUACACAGGCAUGUAAAAAUGGCAGAACAACCUCCAUCAGACUCAGAUGUGAUCCCACAGUGACGACAAUAAAUCAGAUUUCCUUACCAAGUAACUGUACAGAGGGAACAUGUGAUGGCUGUUCCUUCCACUUCCUGUGGCGUUCUCAGCAUGCCUGUUCUCUUUGUUCUGAGAGAAACUAUAAAGAGAUAGUGAGUGCCUGUAUCAGUGGAAUUCAGAGGACUACCUAUGUGUGGCAGCAGCCUCUGAAAUGUACAGGUGGAGUUUCUCUGCCAGCUCCGCAGGUUAGUGCUUGUGUCACUUUGGACUUCUGGCUCAAAUUCGGUGUUUCUGUUGGAUCUGUGGCAGCUUUACUGCUCAUCACCAUCAGCUGUUACUUCUGGAAACGAACACGCAAGCUGGAGUAUAAGUACUCAAAGCUGAUGAAUGCAGAAUCGAAAGAUUGUGAUCUUCCUGCUGCCGACAGUUGUGCCAUUAUGGAGGGAGAGGAUGCAGAGGAUGACCUUAUCUACCUCACCAAAAAAUCAUUUUUCUCCAAAAUUAAAGCUUUCCCCAGAGAGAGAUCAUCAGAUGGCUUUGACUCUGUCCCCUUGAAGUCAUCCUCGGGCAUGGAGAUGGAGAUGACCUAGACCUUUAAGCCAACAAUGGACAAUGGGAAUUGAUCUAUGAAUACUUAUCCUCAUGAUGUACCUGUAGUAAAUAUAAAACCGUGCCACCAAGGGAAAUUGGAGAGAUCCAUAUUUCAUAGGAACAGUUCCAACACUAUUUGGAUUUUUGCUAUUCAAGAUAUUUUUUAGAUUGAGCACAAGCAAUUUUGUUUGACCAUCUUUCAAUUCAGAAGCUAUUUGAGUUUUAGAUAUUCCUGAACCUAGAUAGCCUUUGGCGAAAGCUAUUCGUCCGGUAAUGCAGUUUACAUCAUGUCACAUCUGUUAGUUUGUGUACAGUUAAGAUUAGCAGCUAUGAAGACUUCCCUGAGAAAUGUUUACUUUUGUUCAAUUUUCAUCAUUGUUUGUACAGCAAAGGAUGGCCUUCUAUGACUUCAGUGUACCUUCUAAUAUCUACUUCUUUUAAUGUAAUGACAAUACAUUUGUAUUGAUUUUUUUUUAUACAGAAUGUGAGUUAUAUAAAAAGUAUUGCUUUUA